AGCAGCAUCCAUGGAGUCCUCCUACGGUCCUCUCCUUGAGCGGACGAAGCUCCCUCAGUCCUCCCUCCAGCGCCACGCCGUCGCCUCUCUAUUCAGGAAGCUCAAGGAUGAUCGUCCCCCUCUCGGCCUCGCCUCCGAUCCCGGCCGGAAGGCCCUCUCCUUCUGCCUCUGCUCCACCGCCCCCGCCGUUGCCGACCAGGCCGUCCGCGAGCUCUGCCAUCUCAUCGUCGAAGGGCGGCUUGAGCCUUCCGAAGGCCUCGUCGAGCUCCAGUCCGCUCUCGAGGGUUGCGAUCCUCUCUUCGUCCCGGUUUUCGUUAAGGGAAUUGGGUUCCUUUGCCGCUUUGCCUUCCGCUCAGAUCCUCAAUGGGGUCGCCGCUUUGAUCCUGUUUCUCUUCACCCUUUCGUUAAGGUGCUUUCAUGUAGAGCUGAAGUGCAUGCUGAGCUCAUUCAGCAAGUUUUGUUGUUCACCGUGCAUAACAAGUCGGCUGGAAUGGGAGCUGUUUCCCUGUUCUUGAGGCCAUUCCUAUUGUUUUCAAUCAUUAGGAUCCCCUUUUUGGCAUCUUUGGACACAUUUAUAAGAGAUUUGAUAUCAUCCUUGGCAUCCUUGUCUUGCUGUUUUCCAUCAGAAGGUGUAGAUAUUCUCAGGCUUAUCACGGGCUGCCUGAAGUACUUCCGGCACAAUAACCAAGAGGAGUUCAAACAUUUCUUUUCUUCUGCUGAUUAUGUAUUGGAUGCCUUUGUGGUGGUCUUGAAACAAAUGCUUAGCGUUCAAGAAGAGUUGAGCAGUGAUGCCCAAGCUUGUCGCAUGGAGAUCUUGGAGACAGUCCUAUCAGUAUGUACUUCCUUGAAUAUCCCUCCAGGAGGAAUUGAGAUUCUUACUGGAUUAGCAAAACGUUUCCUGAUGGCGCAAAAGGAGCUUGGCCUACACUACUUACCUGAAUUUUAUCUGGUUAGUCUUUCCAUGUCAGUCACGCUCACUCGUGUGGGGUUUGAACACGAACAGCUGUCUAUUUUGAAGCUUUUAACUUUCCUAGUCAAAUGGAAAACUGAAACUGAAUAUCCCAUGAAAGGAGUCACAAGCCAUCUCAGUGAGGAGCUUUUAUUUAUUUUCCCAGUAAUCAACCUUUUGGUAUCUCCUUCGAAGUCCGUAAAAGCUGCAGCGUCUUAUCUGCUUAUUUUGGUGGAGAGACUGGUGGCAGAAUUGUCUGUUGAACCAAAUAAAUUUUCUAAAUCCAGUUCUCAAUUUCAACAUACAAGCAAGCUGGAGUCCAUUACAUUUAGACUGCUGAAUCACCUUUGGUUUCAGGAGCCGCCUCCAAUUCAUCAUUCAUUUCCUCGAGAAUUUUAUUGUAAUGAUGUGCUGCAGAUGAAAGAGACAAACAAUGAGUAUCUAAGAGAUGACUCAUUUUUUACUAUCGAUCGGCUAAAAUUCUCAUUGUCCCAGCCUCAAGGAGAGAAGUUGCCAGGGAUGCACAUGUUGAUUUGUUCGGUUAUUUCUAUACUAGUCAUGCAUCCUACAUGUGGUGUGUCUGCUGUUGAAUCUUUGUCUGCUAUUGGUGUAAUGGAUCCUAACCUGGGUAUACCAAUGCUGCUAGGCAUUCUUUUCUACGUUAAAACACUGUAUAAUUAUGUCGGCAACUCACAUGAAAUAUUGAUCAGACUUCUGAGAAUCAUUCCAUCACUUGCUGUGCAUUCUUCCAUGGUUCCUCUCAUCAUUCAGACCCUAACACCAUUGCUACACAAGGACGCUAAACCAUUAUUAUAUGCUGUGGCUGUCCGUUUGCUUUGCAAGACAUGGGUUGUCACUGAUCGGGUAUUUGGUACAGUGCAAGGGUUGUUGAAUCAGAAGGCAUUCUCUGAUUUCAAAUCGGAAAGAGACAUUUGUACAAGUAUUGCCGCCUCAGUUCGUGAUGUUUGUAAGCAUCACCCUGAUAGGGGUGUGGACCUUAUAUUAUCUGUGUCGUCAUCUAUCGAGAGCCAAGAUUUUGUCCUUCAAGCUCUUGGUUUUGAGAGCCUUGCUUAUCUUUGUGAAGCGGAUGUAGUUGAUUUCUACACAGCAUGGAAGGUUAUUGCUAAGUUUGUGACAGACUAUUCUGUCAAUUCUGUUCUUGCAAAUAGGUUGUGCACCUUGUUACAAUUUGGUGCAAUGGACGCAGAGGCUUAUCCUGACAUUUCUAAAAUUAUUUUGCAAAUUCUGUGGGACGUUGCAACAUCGAAAAGCUAUUGCUCUUCUCAAUUAUGGGUAAAAGCAAGGAUUUCUGCCUUCAAGUCCUUGUCCUUUUAUGAGAUAAUGCAUGUCCAGGAGGCCAUUCCAAACUUUAAGAGAAGAAAUUUGGAAUGUCUUGUUUCUGAAGAUAAUGCUGAAGUACUCAAGGCCAUGGAAGGGCUUGAAGUCAAGAUUAUCAAUUUUGAGCACAUUAAUCGAAGAAGAGGGCUGAAGGAGAAGAGAGUUAUAGUGCACAAAGUUGAAAAAUUUUUGGAAGCCUUCCCUCAGGUGAUAUUUUCUACAGAUGCACGGAAACAAAAAGCUGGUGCAAGUGAGUUUCCUGGUGCGGCUCUUUUAUCAAUUGUAUUCACCCCUACAGAUUUCCCAAGUCAAGGCAUCCUGCUGAAGGAUUUGAAAAAAUUACAUACUACAUAUGAGAAUGCACUGCUGGAAAUAGCUGAAGCAUUAAAUUUGCCAAGAAAUAUUCUGUUCGCCCUUCUUUCUAUUCAAUCAUGGAAACCUUUCCUUCACCAUUGGAUGAGGGCAGCUAUUACAUUGACUGAGAAAGUGUCAUCUAAAUCUUCAGAGAAAAGCUCAAGAGCUGCUAAUGACAUCUUUAAGGUAAUGUGCACAGUUGCGGUAAAGUCAAUUCCUCGAGCUGCUGUAAACAUUGCUUUAGCUAUUGGUGCUCUGUGCAUGGUUGCACCUCCAUCAGCCCAUGCUGUAAUCUCCUCUGCAGCAAAAUUUCUUCUAAAUUGGUUAUUUGAGUAUCAACAUGAGUACCAACAAUGGUCUGCUGCAAUUUCUUUGGGAUUAGUUUCAAAUUGCCUUCAUGCAACUGAUAAACAGCUCAAGUUCGAAGUCAUAACUGGACUCCUUAAGGUUCUUGAUGAGAGUAAGAGCCAUCUUGUUAAAGGAGCAUGUGGUGUUGGAUUGGGUUUAUCCUGCCAAGGUCUUUUUUCUAGAGUUCAUCCUGAUGUGAAUUCCAACCUUGAAGAAAGAAGCACUGGGCACUUGGAAGCUACUUUACUUCAAAAUGUCAUUAGGACCUUAUCCCUGGUACUAAGCCAGCUCUGCCCAUCUGAAUCUAAUUCUAUCAAAAGCUUUUAUGACUGUUUUUCACCUGAUGGGGGAGUUACAGUUGGAGAUGAGUGUUCGUCGUCACAACAGUUGUAUUUUCAUGACUCAGAAGAGGAUAUGUGGGGUAUUGCAGGACUUGUCUUUGGGCUUGGAUAUUCUGCAAUUGCAAUUUAUAGGCUUGGAAAUUAUGAUGCUGUGCUGAAAAUGAGAGAGAUGCUUAUAUCAUGGAUGUCACACACUAGUAGCUCCUGUAAGAACUCAUCUACUCGUGACGAGAUGUCUGAAAUUCAGCUAUCCAUAGGUUCAUGCAUCACACUUCCUGCUGUUGCUUCUUUUUGCCUGAGAGUUGAACUUGUUGAUGAUGAUUUAGGUUUUCUCUUCAAUAGCUAUGGCUCACUAAUUUCUGACCUCCUGAAUUCACAAAAAUCUGGAACUCUGUAUCAGAAUUUAUUCAUGGCCUCUUGUACUGGUGCUGGAUCCUUACUCUCAUAUAUCAUUAACGAUGGGGUGCAGCCUAUGAAAUUUGAUGAUGUAAAAAAUCUGCUUGAGAUUCUUAGGAGUACUUAUUGCCACCCAUACCCCCCUGUUGUCCAGUUUGGAGGCAUGCUUGGAGUAGUGAAUGCCUUGGGCGCACGUGCCGGGGAUCUCACACAAAUGCAUCCCCAGCCUUUCUCUAUGCACAUUAGUAAUGACCAGCAGCAGGAGUCGUUACUUGUUCGAGGUCCAAUACUUAUGAGUCAUGUUUGUGAGUCGCUGUCAAUCUCGGUAACUCAGGAAAUUCUUCUUCUUGCAAAGGACUCUAAGGAUCCGCAGAUACGAAGCUACGCUGCAUGGGCUAUUUCAUUUCUUAGACACCAUUGGUUUGCAAAAGAGUUUCAAAGUACUAGUGAUUCUCAAAGUAGUUCCAAUGACUCAAAAUCAUCCUCUCGAAGUGUUGCUGAGGACAGUUUAGUUUGGAACCUCUGUUUGUGGCUAAAAGAUAAUAUCUACAAUCAGGUGACUGAGAUUUUGCAAACAAGCACCAUCUCAACAGUUUUAAGAUGCCUCUCCAAAGCUCCUAGAUUGCUUGCUAUGGAUUGGGCAGUUAUCAUGAGAAGCUGUAUGAGAUAUGAAACCCAAAUUUCUGCAAAGUCACAAAUGUCUCAGUUCCCCAAGGUUCUGCGAGAAGAAUGCAUCUAUUUUUCUAUAGCUCAUGCAAAUGAUGUUAGUUCCCUCCUGCUCUUCUUGGAUGAACUGACUGACCUACCAAGGUUUAAGACUCUGGAGUCAAAUCUCCAACAGGCACUGUUACACCAUCUGUCAGGUCUUUUGCGCAUAUUUUCUGGCUCAAGGAUGAAGAAGCUGCUGGAGGAUAUGAUCGAAUAUUUUUGUUCAUCAUCUUCUUCACGCUUAAUUCAUGAACUGGAUGAUAAAAGCUUAUUGCGAGUUUCAUGCUGGAGUGGACUUCAAUUGUGCCUCAUUGAAGCUUCUAUAGAGCCGAUAUUAUUGUCUAAAAUAGAGAAUUGCAUGGAAGGCUUGUUUUAUUUGUUGCCUGUGCUGACCACUGACAACACUCCUGGUAGGGCAUUGUCAAAUGCUGAAGAGUGGUCAGAGGCUAUACAAUGCCUGGCUAAGGCUCGAAAGGAUUGGGUAAUGGGCUUGCUGCAGGUUUCUGAUAUCAAUGGAGGAAACCAUUCUGUUGAAGUAGCAAAGCGGAUUUUAGCAAGAUCUAGCCUAGUCAGACUAGGUUGCUUGUCAGUUUCAGACCUGAGAAAUCUAAAAGCUUACCUAUUGGAUGGUGGAUCUGAAGGUAUCUGGUGGAGUUGUCUUUUGGAAGUUGCUGCAGCUAUUACCAAUGAAGCUGAUAAUGUCAAAAGACAGUGGCUUCUUGAUGCUCUAGAGAUGAGCUGCAUGUCUGAAUAUCCUUCGACUGCACUACGGUUUAUCGGUUUGUUAUCGAGUAACUGCUGCAAAUUAAUGCCUCUUCUAACUGUGGAUCCAGCGACUGUCCUGAGUGACUUGCCGGCCACCCUACCAUCUCUUUUGACAGAUAGCAACUGGUCCUCUUCAGCGGAGUUUAUCGUUAACAAGCUAUGGGUAUCGACUGAGCGGAUCUGUAACUGGGCAUCUCAGUUGAAUGUUGAAGGUGAUAAUUCUGGGCAACACCAAAUCCAUCAAAGUGAAGCCAAAAUUUCGGCUUUCUUGUCACAAGUUAUGCAUCAGACUUGUGUUAUCUUGAAAGACUACUUGCCACUUGACAAGCAGUUGAAACUGGUUAAUCUUUCUUUCUGCCUCAUGAACUGAAUCAGAUCAUGCUCAAAUAGUAACUCUGUUUGACACUUGACACGGUUUGUGCAUUACUUUGUUAAGUCGAUAUGUUCCUGUACUUGGAACCUGAUCCCUGAUCAAGCAAUAAAAUAUAUCGUCCUUUACUUUACUUGCA